AUCUAGACAGUGAAUAGUCUGUGGAAACAGACAACCUCACGGAGGUUGGCUGAAUUUUCGCAAAGUGAAUUUCACUUGAUAAUUAGAUAUUAUUUUCUUCAUCUUAGCUUCGGGUAAUGAAAGAUUUAUACUAUAAUUAAAACGCAUAUUCUAAAGUGAUUUGAUUUGGAGCAUAUUAUUGGGUGUUAAUUUGGUAUUCUUUAGAAAAAUAUACAGCGUUUCACAAAAAUAAGAUAUCAUGGCGGUACCCACUACCGGUGUAGUUGUGCCUCGAAACUUUCGUUUAUUAGAGGAAUUAGAACAAGGUCAAAAAGGUGUAGGUGAUGGUACAAUCAGUUGGGGCUUAGAAAACGAUGAUGAUAUGACUCUUACACAUUGGACUGGAAUGAUAAUUGGACCACCUAGAACACCAUAUGAAAAUAGAAUGUAUAGUUUGAAAAUUGAUUGUGGUCAAAGAUAUCCAGAUGAUGCACCCAAUGUUAGAUUUUUAAGCAGGAUCAACAUGAAUUGUAUUAAUAGUACUACUGGUGCAGUUGAUAACCGCAGUGUACCAGUACUUGCAAAGUGGCAACGAGAAUACACAAUUAAGACAGUUCUUCAAGAACUUCGUCGUUUAAUGACAUUGAAGGAAAAUAUGAAAUUAUCUCAGCCUCCAGAGGGUAGCACUUUUUAGCCUAACCACAUAUAAACAUAACAUCUCUUCCUUUCUGCAAUUGCAUGGGGUGAGAUUCAAUGAAGGUACCAAAUAUUAAAUCGGUACCAAGUAAAGACAUAUACUAAGAAAUAACAUCUGUAUAAAAAAAGAAAAAAGAAAGGAAAUGAUGACUAUAAAAGUUGAUUCAGUGUUUUCAAUUUACUAAAAUAUUUACUUACAAAAUUCAUAAAUCAUUUAUUAUUACUUACUAUUUCUUACUAAACUUAUAGCAUAUUUCAUAUAUAUAUAUAUAUAUAUAUAUAUAUAUAUAUAUAUAUAUAUAUAUAAUAUAUACAUAUAUAUAUAAAACUAUUUUAUUUUUAAUAUUUUAUUUUAAAAACAUGCACACGUAUUUAAUUUAAGAAAAUGCUGUUUCAGCUUUUUAAGUUAAUACGAUUUAAAAUAAAAUAUUUUGAUUCUUAACUGGAAACACAGACUGUGUAAUAAAAGUAAUAAUCAAUAAGAAUAACUUAUGCCUUCAAAGUUUUUUAAGUAAAACAAAAUAGCCUGAAUAACAUUUCAGUUUGAGCAUAAGUGCCAUUUCAUAAUUUGUGGAGAUGUCUCAGUAAUUAUUAUUAUAGACAAUUCUAAAUUUUAAUAAUUUAUAUUUUUGUGUGCUCAUUUUUACCAAAUCUUAUUUUACUUUUUCUCUGUUAAUUGUUAUUCAAAUAUUAGCAAAUAGCAGGUUGUUGAGAUCAAUAUUUGAUAUAAUAAUGUGCCUUUUUGUGCAAAUAGCAUAAAAAUGAGCAUAUAUUGAAUGUAUUUGGUUGAGACAUCAUCCAAGAACGGCCUCUUCUAUAUAGAGAAAAAUGUUUCUUAACUAAUAAACAAUUUAUGUUAUAAUUAAAACAUAUAAAAUAAUUUGAUUUAUAAUAAUAUGUGGAUAAUGGUAUAGUGUUUUGCAUCAAUGUAUGAAGACAUGUACAUCAAUGUAUGAAGCAUUAGAUUAAAAAUAUUUAAUUUCUCUCUUCCAUUCCAUUAUUUAUAUAUUAGAAAUAUAUUUUAAGUUUUUUUGGUCAUUAUAAUGCAGAUAUAUAAUACACAUGUAUUUACUCUUUGAUCAAAGCUUCAUAAUUGAUGUAUUUAUAAAAUCAUACUUAAUUUUUAAUAAAAAUCCAAAGUAUCAUAAAUAAGUUUCUAAUCAUUAGAGAAUCAGGUUUGAAUGCUAGUGCAGUUCUAUUAUAAAUUGCUACAAACUAUACCGUUCCCAUGAAGUUGUAUACAGAGCGGAAAAAAAGUUUUCCAUAAUUAUGUUACAUUUUAGAAAAAGAAAUAUAAUCAUAAAUUAUUUCAAACAUAAUAUAA